CGUGCAUGGGCCGAGUGGGCGCGCGGUGCAUCGCAGGCCGCCUCGCCAGCCUCGUUCUCUUUCUUCAAAUUCCGCCAUCUUGGUUCACGUGGUAGGAAGAACCCAUUACAAUGACGAACACAAAGGGUUAUCGCCGAGGAACUCGGUAUAUGUUCUCGAAGAAAUUCCGGCAUAGAGGUGUAGAGCAUCUAUCGACUUACCUCAAAUGCUACAAGGUUGGCGAUAUCGUGGACGUAAAGGCCAAUGGCGCAGUUCAAAAGGGUAUGCCGCAUAAAGUGUAUCAUGGUAAAACAGGCAGGGUGUAUAAUGUCACCAAACGCGCAUUAGGAGUUGUCGUCAACAAGCAAGUCAAAGGAAAGAUUCUUGCCAAGCGUAUCAAUGUACGUGUUGAGCAUGUGAAGCACUCUACUUGCCGUGAUGACUUCCUUAGGCGAGUGAAGGAAAACGAAAGGAAGAAGCACGAAGCCAAGGCAAAGGGCCUCAUCGCUCACUGCAAGAGACAGCCUGCCCAGCCCAAGACUGCUCAUUUUGUGAGAACCAAGAGGAACAAGCCUGUAACGCUGCAGCCUAUACCUUAUGAAUUUGUGAUCUAAAUGGCUGAAUAAACCUUGAACCUAGA